UAGGAACAAUAUCCAGCAAGAAUUAGAAGAAUAGUUUUCAUUGGGAGUAUCUUGACCUUAAAUUGUACAAGAUAUUAUUGGUUAUUAUCAAAAUUUCGUAUUCGUCACCAUAAUCUCAUUUGUUAAAUCAGAAUUAUUAUAAUCUUAUCAGGAAAGAGCAAACAGAAUAAAGGAAGAGAAACAUAUCUAAAGAUAAAUACUACCAAUAAGUUCAUUUCUUUUAUUAAAAAGACCUAACUUUAAAAUGACUGAAUAUUCAGAAGAUCCAUUUCAAAUGGAUGAAGAUUUUGAAGUGGUUGAAAAUGAGGAACCAUUAACUAAUGAUAUAACUCCAAAUUAUGAAUUAAAUGACACAACUAGAUUUGAUAUAAAGAAAGAUAAUGAGCUAAUACGAUCAAAGAUUGCACAAUUGAAACUCCAAGAGAACAAUACUGCCAAUAAUACAACUGAAGAAGAUGAAAUAUAUGAAGAAGAUAUUGAUGAUAAAUUUGAUCCUGAACUUCAAAAGAAACUUCAAAAUGAUUUUGAACUUACAAAAGAUGAUUCAAAUCCAGAAUUGACCCCUCCAGAAAACUUUGCCCCAGUGAUAAAUACCAUAUAUCGAUCAUCAUUCCCUCAACCGAUAAACUUUACAUUUUUAAAGAAAUUAAAAUUAAAAUCUAUUCUUUGUUUAAUCCCAGAGGAAUACCCUGAAAUUCAUACAAAUUUCUUAAAGGAUGAAGGAGUUAAGUUAUUUCAAUUAGGAAUGUCUGGGAAUAAAGAACCAUUUGUUAAAAUUUCAUCAGAAUUAAUUACAGAAGCAAUUAAAAUUGUGAUAAAUCCAGAAAAUCAACCUAUUCUUAUCCAUUGUAAUCGAGGUAAACAUAGAACAGGAUGCUUAGUGGGUGUGCUAAGAAGGUUGCAGAAAUGGUCCUUGACCAUUAUAUUUGAUGAAUAUAGAAAGUUUUCAGCACCAAAGGAACGUCCCAUGGAUCAACAGUUUAUAGAACUUUAUGAUGAAAAGGAAAUUGUUAAAUUUGCUCAAGAUAACAAUUUUUUACCAUUAAAAUGGGAUUAAUUCAAAUAGACAAUACUACACUUUUACAUUUUAG